CUCCUUUUAUUUCUCCCGCUGGCCGCCUCCCGGGCUUGAGCAACACGGAUCAAAUGUGAACAUUUUAAACAAAAACAGUGUUUAAUUCGCGCUCGUCCGAGUUCACCUCCGAGGAACCAUGGCGGUUAACUUCGGCAGAAUCGUUGUCGGCGUAUACGUGGAGAUAAAACGGAGCGAUGGGCGAAUACAUCAGGCCAUGGUGACCUCUUUAAAUGAAGACAAUGAAAGUGUUACGGUGGAAUGGAUAGAAAAUGGAGACACGAAAGGGAAAGAGAUUGACUUGGAGUGUAUAUUUUCACUGAACCCAGAUGUUGCUCCAGAGGAGGAGAUUUCCUUGAGCCCUGUAACUCCACCUCCUCCCACACCCAGUUCUGUGAAGGUCAACAAAAUCCCUAAGAAUCGAAGAACCAUUGCUCCUGGAAAGGCUGAGGUGCCGUCCAGAGACAAUAGAGUUGGCUCAACCCGGGUGCGGCAAGGCCAGCAGCAGCAGCAGCCAGAAUCAGCUCUCCCUCCACCUGCCCAGCAACCAGCCCAGCCUAUUCAGACUCAAACCCAACAGAGCCAGCAACAGCAGCAGAACGCGAGGAGGAAGUCCAACUGCGUGAAAGAGGUGGAAAAACUGCAGGAGAAGAGAGAGAGACGGAGACUGCAGCAGCAGGAGCUAAGGGAGAAGAGAGCACAGGAGGUUGAUACGACAAUCCCUAACUAUGAAAUAAUGCAGAUGAUCAGAGACUUCAGAGCGAGCUUGGACUACAGGCCGCUAACCACAGCAGAUUUGAUUGAAGAGCACCGAAUAUGUGUUUGCGUGAGGAAGCGUCCUCUCAACAAAAAAGAAGUUACUGCAAAGGAGCUAGAUGUGAUCACCAUCCCCAGUAAAGAUGUCGUCAUGGUCCAUGAGCCUAAGCAGAAAGUGGACCUGACCCGUUUCCUAGAGAACCAAACCUUUCGCUUUGAUUAUGCCUUUGACGACAGCACCACGAAUGAAAUGGUUUACAGAUUUACAGCAAGGCCUCUGGUGGAAACUAUCUUUGAGAGAGGAAUGGCCACAUGCUUUGCCUAUGGCCAAACAGGAAGUGGAAAAACACAUACUAUGGGUGGAGAUUUUUCAGGAAAGAACCAAGAUUGUUCAAAAGGAAUCUACGCGUUAGCUGCUCGCGAUGUUUUCCUCAUGCUGAAGAAACCCAACUACAAGAAGCUGGAGCUUCAGGUCUACGCAACCUUCUUUGAAAUCUACAGUGGAAAGGUGUUCGACCUGCUGAAUCGCAAAGCAAAGCUGCGUGUGCUGGAGGAUGGGAAACAGCAGGUGCAGGUGGUCGGGCUGCAGGAAAGAGAGGUCAAAUGCACUGAGGAUGUUCUCAAGCUCAUCGAGGUCGGGAACAGCUGCAGAACAUCAGGCCAGACUUCUGCCAAUGCCCACUCAUCCCGCAGCCAUGCCGUCUUUCAGAUAAUUCUGCGGAGGAAGGGGAAGAUGCACGGGAAGUUCUCGCUCAUUGACCUGGCAGGGAAUGAGCGUGGAGCUGACACGUCCAGCGCUGACCGGCAGACACGACUGGAGGGAGCCGAAAUCAACAAAAGCCUACUUGCACUUAAGGAAUGUAUCAGAGCCCUGGGGCGGAACAAACCACACACACCGUUCAGAGCCAGUAAACUCACCCAGGUGCUCAGAGACUCGUUCAUCGGGGAGAACUCCAGGACAUGCAUGAUUGCCACUAUCUCUCCUGGAAUGGCUUCCUGUGAAAACACUCUGAAUACACUACGAUAUGCCAACAGGGUAAAGGAGUUUGGGAUUAGUCCCUCAGACAUCCCGUUCUCUCAGGGGGGAGGAAGUCGCUCUGAGCUCUCCCCCACCUAUGAAGUGAAGGAACUAACCGUGGACCCUAAUGCUGUGGCAGAAGGAGUCCGACCCAAUAUGAAUGCCAUUAACCAGCUGGACAUCAUGGAUGAAGAGUGGGAGCUGAGCAACUCCCCUCAGAGAGACGAUCUCAAACUACUGUGUGAACAGAAUGAAGAGGAAGUGUCCCCUCAGCUCUUUACCUUCCAUGAGGCGGUAUCCCAAUUGGUGGAGAUGGAGGAGCAGGUCCUGGAGUACCACAGGGCAGUGUUUGAGGAGUCGAUUAGGUGGCUGGAGGAUGAAAAGGUUUUGCUGAAGAUGACUGAGGAAGUGGAUUAUGAUGUAGACUCCUACUCUUCCCAGCUUGAGCAGAUACUUGAUCAAAAGAUUGAUAUCCUGAUUGAGCUCAGAGAUAAAGUGAGGUCGUUCCGCUCUGCCCUGCAGGAAGAGGAGCAAGCCAGUAAGCAGAUCAGUCCCAAAAGACCUCGUGCUUUGUAGGCUGGGACUGAGGUCAUGGGCCCAAGCAUGACUGCUAGACAUGUAGUGCUUAAUAAUGCAGUUUCUGCAAAAAAAGAAAAAAAAAGAAAAGAAAAAUGACAGCAAGGAGAGUCUGUGCUAGAUGACCUAGUGUUCGGAAAAUGGAUUUCUCUUUAUUUUGCUCAGUCUUCAAAAUGUUGGUUGCUACCGUGUACGGGACUGCUUUAAGUUGACUGCUGAUCUUAAAGUCUGCAAUUAGUUGCAUUCAUAUGUACAAAUGAAUCGUCUGGUUUGUAAUUCCAAUAAACAGCCCUUGAAGAUUGGCAAGCUGUACGCUGUACGAACACUUACACAUCAGGAAAGGAUUAAGGAAAGUGAAUUAGUUUUUGUCUUGGAAGUCUUGAUGAAGUGAGACUCUGGUAAACUUGGGAAAUUUUUUUUUCUCCUUUCUUUUUUAAUUUGUUCAUAUUUAUUUAUUUUUUUUAUUUGAGGUAAAUGGCUGUUGACUACAUGGUCCGUUCUUUUAGGGUUCUUACCACCUCCAUCGUUUGAAGUUGUUCUAAAUUCUAUUCAUGUGCAUUCAGUACCCUGUUCACCAUUCUGUUAUAAGCAUGAUAGACCAGGCCCAGCUGCACUUUACAGUAUGUUGUUUCUGUGGAGGUUGUAGUUGAACCUCCGUCAGCACUGCAUAGACACAAGUUGUAUUAUUCUUUUGUCUCCCAUUGGAGGGUUCAUUACUUUGUUUAUUAUUGUCAUUUCAGUCCCGCCGUUUUUCUUUUGACAAUUUAAGUAUUUUUUUAAGGAGGUUGCUGCUAUGCUGGGGUAGAAGUAGAACAGGAGUCACGAUUCAUAGGCUAGCAUGCAAGUUGUUUUCCUAUUGUUUUAUUGUUUUCAUUUUCUUUGCUGAUGUGUUAAUUCUGUUUGACCAGCUGUAGAUUGCUUUCAUUUGUGUCACACCGUGUUUUGUGGUUUCUGGCAGACUACCUGUUGCACAAAGCACUCCUCUCUUUGCUUUCUACAUUUAAUACUUCCAAAAUUUUGCAACACCUAGUAGCAACAUUUGUUAAAAAAAAUAAAAAAUAAAAAAAGCAUUAGGACAAGAUGCUAAGUUAUUUAGGUCAAACCACUCACCUACAGCUGAUGUUUUCACUGUUAGCACCAAAGUCAAUGGUGGCUAAAUAAACAUUGAUUUGACAAAUCUGA